UCAGCUGGUUUCUCGACGCGCGCAUCUGGACGUAGCAGCACAGUGCGAGGCCUGCGCUGGCUCGGUGGAGACACAGCACAGAGAGCUGAGCACCCUGGCUUUGAGGGAGACUGGACCUCUGUUGAAAGGACUCCAUUCCCUCAACACUCUGUCAGAGAUGCUCCUCAGUAUAAACUCUGACAUCGUUCUUCCUGGAUGUCAGACGUUUGAUGACAUCAGACAAGAGAUCGAGGAAAUGAAGCAGCACCUGGAAGAGUCAGAGCAGAUAGCUGUUAGAGAGCUGCAGCACCUCGAUGAGGAGACUGAGAGUCUGACUGCAGAGCAAAGUCAUUUAGAGAAUCAGAAAAAGAGGAGAGAAGGUGAACUAGAAGACUUGAAACUCCAGCUGGACUCUCACAGGUCUUCUUUGAAGACUUACAAUGAAGCUCUGAGGACUGAGCAAAGCAACCUGAGGUCAGCAGAAGCGACUCUAAGUGACAUGAAAAAGAAACAAAAAGAGGCAGAGACAUUGAGAAACGUUGGAAUUGGCUUCAUGUUUAUUCCAGUUAUAGGAUUGAUUCCUGGGGCUGUCAUGGCUAUUGGUGGUCAAAUUGACCUGGACUCCGCCUCUGACCGGGUAGACAGAGCUCGCAGUGAAAUACGGAGGUGUGAAUCUCAGAUAACGUCCUACUCUAAUCAAGUGUCUCGCUAUGAGGGAUUCGUCUCUCAAGCUCAGAAUGACAUCCAAGUGGCCAACAGGAGGAUUCAUGAAACGCAGCUCAAACUGCAAACCUUGUCUGUGACGAGAGCAUCUGUUGCAGACUUUCAGAGUAAAUCUAGAAGAGCUGUCCAUCAACUGGGGCUGCUGUGUGGAGUGGGGAGUGUGGCCGAGCUGCAGACCCGCCGUCUGAUCCUGCUGGAGCCUGUGAUGAACGUGAUGGAGGAAAUGAUGGAAGCUCUGGGACGUAUAACUGGGGAUGACCUGCUCUAUUCUGCAGGGAUAAAAGGCAUAAUGUGGGAGAUAAGAAAAAAUCAAAGGAUGUUGAGCGAUAGAAUCACUCAAUGCACAGAUAAUUCACAUAAAGAUUAUUGUUGAAAAAAAAAACGAGAAAUGAGUUUGAUAAAAUGAGAGAUAGUGAAGCUACAUUCACACCGGGCUAAAGAUGCGGGCUAAAGAACAAGCUAAAUGGGCUUCCUUUAACUGACUUUUGUGUUCACACUUGACUGUUACUACCCAAUACUAGCUCAUGUACUCACAGUUGGAAGAAUCUUGGAGCAAAAUAUCAAAGUGGUGUAAAUCUGGUGAAUCCAGCUCCAGCCCUUCUCUUUCACAGCUGUAAUGCGAUACACGAAAGACUUCGUAUCAAAGAAUUCUGACCAGACACAAAGGGCGGCCAUUAAUUUCUCCAUGAAUCAUUUUCAAACAGUCGUUACAUCUGUGUUUAGAAAAGGACACUACCCAUAAUUCACCACCAAAUCUGAGUCCCUGACUGAUCAAAGUUCAACCUCUUUAAUUUUCAACGCAUGUUCAAUGUCUGUGCUUUUGGUACGUAGGGCCCGAAAACAAACUUAAAAACUUGCGUAACCUGCUGCGUCUGUAGCAUAAGAGACAUUCUUGUUGAGAAUUAUUUUCUUAUUUUACAUGUUUAGGUCCAACAAAAACAUGUUGUUUUCUUAUUUUCAUAUAGUCUGAAGCUUAUUCUUGUGCAUGCAGCUCUGAGAGGCAGAAAGCUUCUGCCUCGUCUUACUCCCUUUUCUGUCUUAUACCAUGAGCAAAGCGUGCACAUUGUGUUUGACUGAUAAGGAGUAACUUUGCAUAGCAAGGGUCCAUGUUUUCAAAUCUUCUUGAGCUACACUCUAUUUUUAUUGACAAUUGAUGACCCUAGUGCUGCAUUAAAACCCAAUUCAAAAACAGAAA